AUGGUAGUACAUCUUGGUGGUCUUGCGGCCGUUGUAGUUUUUUAUGUUCUAAUAUUACUUGUUGGAAUAUGGGCUGGAAGAAAACAAAAAUCAUCGGAAAAAUCACCUGAUACUGAAGAAAUAAUGUUGGCAGGGAGGAAUAUUGGUUUACUGGUUGGAAUAUUUACAAUGACAGCAACAUGGGUUGGUGGAGCAUAUAUAAAUGGAACAGCUGAACAAGUUUUUUCUACAGGUCUUUUUUCAUGUCAAGCUCCAUUAGGUUAUGCAACUAGUUUAGUUGUUGGUGGAUUAUUAUUUGCACGACCCAUGCGUGAUGCUGGAUAUGUUACAAUGCUUGAUCCAUUUCAACGUAAAUAUGGUCAACGAAUGGGUGGAUUAUUAUUUAUACCAGCUCUAUUAGGAGAAGUAUUCUGGUCAGCAGCGAUUCUAUCGGCAUUAGGAGCAACAAUUAGUGUAAUUUUUACGGAUGUUUCAAUGACAGCAUCGAUUAUUAUUUCAGCAAUUGUGGUUAUAAUUUAUACACUUUUUGGUGGAUUAUAUUCGGUCGCUUAUACAGAUGUUGUUCAACUUGGAUUUAUUUUUGUUGGUCUAUGGGUUGCUGUUCCAUUUGCAAUGCAACAUGAAGGUGUUGGUGAUAUCUUUGCAACAUGGCCAGAAUGGCGUGGACAUAUUGAUAAAUCACGUAUAGUUGAAUGGAUUGAUAGUAUGUUAUUAUUAAUCUUUGGUGGAAUACCAUGGCAGGUCUAUUUUCAACGUGUUCUCUCAGCUAAAUCAGCUAAAAAGGCUAUGUAUCUAUCAUUUUGUGCUGCUGUUGGUUGUAUUGUUUUAGCAAUGCCACCUGUAUUGAUUGGAGCUAUUGCAAAAUCAACUAAUUGGUCUAUGACAGAUUAUGAUAUAAAUAAAGAUAUAACAUCGCCUGAAGCAACUAAAUUAAUUUUACCAUUAGUUCUUCUACAUUUAUGUCCAAAAUUUAUUGCAUUUAUUGGUUUAGGUGCUGUUUCAGCUGCUGUUAUGUCUAGUGCUGAUUCGAGUGUACUUAGUGCUAGUUCAAUGUUUGCUCGAAAUGUCUGGAAACUUGUUUUCCGUGGUCAAGCAUCGGAACGUGAAGUUUUACUUGUAAUGCGUAUUGGAAUAUUUCUUGUUGGAAUUGGAGCUGCUGCUAUAGGUAUAAUGGUAUCAUCAAUUUAUGUUCUUUGGUAUUUAUGUUCGGAUCUUGUUUAUGUCAUACUUUUUCCACAAUUACUCUGUGUUAUCUAUGUUUCACAUACAAAUACAUAUGGUUCAUUAUCAGCAUAUAUAAUUGGUUUUCUCGUACGUAUUCUUGUUGGUGAACCAUCAUUAGGUAUACCAGCAGUUAUUCAUUUUGGUCCAUAUAUACCACCAAAAACAUUAUGUAUGCUUAUAUGUCUUGCAACAACAUUAAUUGUUUCUCAAAUAGCUAAAAGUCUUUUUGAAAAACGUAUUUUAUCACCAUCCUAUGAUAUAUUUCAUUGUCUUGUUGACAUACCAAGUGAAAUCUUACCAUUAAAAGAAAGUACAACAACAGAUGAAUUACAUUAUCGAAUUAUUAAACCAACAACAGGACAACAAUAUUUAACUGAACCAGCAAUGAUGAUUAAUAAUUCAUUUUCACAAAGUCAAGAAGGUUUAAGUGCUUAUGAUUAA